UAGUAGAAAUUAUUCUCAAGUGACUUGUAAAUAAAAGAUUACUCACAGAUAAAACCCUUGGAGAAUAAUAUGACAUUAGAAAAAUAAAUAUAAAAGAAAUUUAAAUAAUAUCAAAGAUAUCAUGGCAGGUGUAAAAGGGUUAGUCGGAUUGGCCUUUUUAGGUUCAAUUGGAAUGACAUUGGUUAUAUUGGCAUGUGCGUUGCCAGAAAAUAAAUUAUGGUGGCCAUUUUUCGUGGUUGUAUUCUAUCUAUUGGCACCAUUACCCACAUUAAUUGCAAGAAGAUACAAUGAAAAUCCUGGAGGAAGUAAUUCUACUUUAGAAUGUGCAAUAUUUAUAACGAUGGGUAUAGUAAUUAGCGCAUUUGCAUUAGUCAUCGUCUUAGCUCGAGCAGAAGUUAUUCGUUGGACGGCAUGUUAUUUAACGUUAACAGGCAAUGUGAUUGUGUUUGCAACAUUGAUUGGAUUUUUCUUAACGUUUGAUUCAGACGACUCAGAUUAUACGAUGUGGUGAAAAACGUGUACUGUAAAAUAUUUCAAUUAAUUAAUAAAAUUAAUAUAUCACAUAUACUUACUCUCAAACAGUAAAAUAAAAAUAUAUAUAACGUAUCAUAUUGCCCUUUCAUAUAAAUUUACCGAUUUAGACAUUCAUGCAUUUAUUCCAAAUCGAAAAAAAACAUUAACGCAGU